UCUGUACUCCACUCUAUACCUUUAUCGCUGCAGCUUGUCUCACGCGCUUGACUGUGAUAGCCACCAUGUCGACCGGCAACCAACAACCCCUCCCCUUCGUCUACCAGUUCGCUGCUGGUGCCGUCGCGGGUGUCUCCGAGAUUCUAGUGAUGUACCCGCUGGAUGUGGUCAAGACACGAGUUCAGCUUCAGCAGGGUGGAGGCACCGGCGCGGACUCCUACAAUGGCAUGUUCGAUUGCUUCCGCAAGAUCAUCAAGAAUGAGGGAUUCUCCCGUCUGUACCGUGGUAUCACCGCUCCGAUCCUGAUGGAGGCCCCCAAGCGUGCGACCAAGUUCGCGGCCAACGACAGCUGGGGUGCCUUCUACCGCAACCUGUUUGGCGUUGAAAAGCAGACACAGAGCCUGGCUGUGCUCACAGGUGCGACGGCCGGCGCGACGGAAUCCUUCGUUGUCGUCCCCUUUGAGCUGGUCAAGAUUCGUCUGCAGGAUAAGGCGUCGGCCGGCAAGUACAACGGCAUGCUGGACGUUGUGAGGAAGAUCGUGCAGCAGGAAGGUCUGCUGGCGAUGUACAACGGGCUGGAGGCGACCCUGUGGCGCCACAUCCUGUGGAACGCAGGCUACUUCGGCUGCAUCUUCCAGGUGCGCGCGCAGCUGCCCCCCGCGGAGCCUGGCAACAAGGGCCAGCAGACGCGCAACGACCUGAUUGCGGGAGGCAUCGGUGGUACCGCCGGUACCAUCCUCAACACCCCGAUGGACGUCGUCAAGUCCCGCAUCCAGAACAGCCCCAAGGUCCCCGGCCAGCUGCCCAGGUACAACUGGGCGUGGCCUGCCCUCGGCACCGUCAUGAAGGAGGAAGGCUUCGGCGCUCUUUACAAGGGCUUCCUGCCCAAGGUCCUUCGUCUUGGCCCUGGCGGCGGUAUCCUCCUUGUUGUCUUCACCGGCGUCAUGGACUUCUUCCGCAAGAUGCGUGCCGAAUAAAAAAAAAAAAGCUUGAAAAUAUUU